UGGGUAGUACACACUUCGUACACACCUUGCAAUUGCAUGUUGCAUCUUUUUCAGUAUUUCCCAAAUUUAUCGGUUAGUCCAGUUGCAAGUUUUAUUGAGGAUAUUCAAUGAGAUGACAAGAGAGCCUGACUCGUCUUUAGAACCACAUCUUAGCAACUUUUCCAACGACAAGAAUUUCUCCUGACGGAAUCUCCACUCACCAACGAGUCGUUUACUUUCCGCUCUUAUAAGAAGAUGAUGAGCAUGGCUAAAGACGAGAGGGAGAAAUGCCAGGACAGGAUUUUACUAGAACCCUAUACAUACAUCCUUCAAGUUCCUGGUAAAGAGAUCAGAGUUAAAUUAACUAAGGCUUUCAAUUAUUGGUUAAAGAUUCCGACGGAGAAGCUUGAGAAAGUCAGCGAGAUUACUCAAAUGCUCCACAAUGCAAGCUUAUUAAUUGAUGAUAUUGAAGACAACUCCUAUCUCCGUCGAGGCAUUCCGGUAGCUCAUAGUAUAUUUGGCAUGGCACAAACCAUUAAUGCAGCAAAUUAUGUGUACUUCCUUGGUCUACAGAAGACGACUGAAUUACAGCACUCAGAAGCGACUAGAAUAUUUAUGGAGCAGUUAAUUUUGUUACAUCAAGGUCAGGGCAUGGAUAUAUGGUGGAGAGAUACGUUUGUGUGUCCGACUGAAGAAGAGUACAAGGAAAUGGUCCUAAAGAAAACUGGAGGCUUGUUCGGAUUAGCAGUCAGACUUAUGCAACUAUUUAGCGAAAACAAAAGCAACUUCACCCCGCUGAGUGACUUGCUCGGUCUGUACUUCCAAAUCCGCGACGAUCUUGCCAAUCUACAGUCUAAGGAGUACACGGAGAACAAAAGCUACUGUGAAGACUUGACGGAAGGAAAGUUCUCGUUUCCGAUCAUCCACGCGGUGCUGAGUAAGCCGGAUGACAAUCAGGUCAUGAACAUUCUAAGGAAGCGGACGACCAACAACGAAAUUAAGAAGUACUGUGUGGAUUACUUAGAAAAGAUUGGAUCGUUUGAAUACACCAAGCGAGUUCUUGCCGAUUUAGAGAAGAAAGUUUUGGACGAGAUAUCAAAGUUGGGUAAGAACCCGCACUUGGAAGCAAUGGUGGAUGAACUCAGUAAAGUGUAUAAGGAGCCCACAGAGUCAUAAUGAAUCAGGAGUUGAACCUCGGACCACUGAGAUGAAAUGCACACAGUUUGUC